GCUUCAGCUACACUCUCUGUUAGAAAAACCUCAACACAUUAAUCUUUCAACUUCAUUCUCUUUCCAAGUUGCAACAUUCCCCAGAAAACAAAGACAGCAACUUUUAGUCAAAGCUUCUUCUAGUUUGAUCAGUUCUCAAAGAGGGAACAAACAAGAACGAUGAGGAAUAAGAAGAAAGACAACUACUUUAUGCUACUGAGUUUGCUUCUGUUUCUGGGUACAUGCGUUGGAGACUACGGCAUUGGAGUAGGAAUCGGCGAAGGUGGAGUCUGGGUCGGCGGUGACGGUGGCGGAAACCCUAAUUCCGAUCCUGGCUCGGCUCCAGAGCAACAGACAAAUCCAGCUUACAGUGCUCUCCAAUCCUGGAAAUCCGCCAUAACAGAGGAUCCAUCUGGUGUUCUUAAGACAUGGGUUGGUGAAGAUGUCUGCUCUUACAAAGGAAUCUUCUGUUCAGGCUCCUCUGUAACUGCCAUAGAUCUAAACAAAGCAAAUCUCAAAGGCACCAUAGUCAAAGACCUCUCUCUUCUCUCAGAUUUAACCAUUCUCCAUCUCAACAGCAACAGAUUCUCCGGUCAAAUCCCGGAUUCUUUCAGAGCCUUAUCUUCUCUCCAAGAACUCGAUCUCAGCAACAACAGAUUCUCUGGCUCUUUCCCUCAAGUCACACUCUACAUCCCUAAUCUAAUCUACUUAGAUCUCCGGUUCAACAGCUUCACCGGUUCGAUUCCUCAGAGUCUAUUCAACAAACAGUUAGACGCGAUUCUCCUCAACAACAACCAAUUCACCGGAGAGAUCCCCGGGAAUCUCGGAUCUUCAUCUGCUUCGGUGGUUAAUCUCGCGAAUAACAAAUUAUCCGGCGAGAUUCCGACGAGUUUCGGUAUAUCGGGUUCGAAAUUAAAGGAGGUUCUGUUACUGAAUAAUCAGUUAACCGGUUGUAUACCGGAAUCGGUUGGAUUAUUCUCAGACGUUGAAGUCUUCGAUGUUAGUUUCAAUUCCUUGAUGGGUCAUGUCCCCAACACGAUCUCUUGCUUGUCGGAGAUCGAAGUUUUGAACCUCGGACACAACAAAUUCUCCGGCGAUCUUCCUGAUUUGGUCUGCUCUUUGAAGAAUCUGUUGAACCUCACCGUCGCUUUCAACUUCUUCUCCGGGUUUAGCUCCGAGUGCUCGAGGAUCAGCUUCGGGUUUGACUUCACCGGAAACUGUAUUCCCGGCAAGGGUUAUCAGCGGCCGCAGCCGGACUGCUCGGUGAUUCCCGGCGGCUCGUUGAGUUGCCUCAGGAUUCCGGCGCAGCCGCUAACUUGCGCUGCGAUCUUGGGAUUGAGGUCAUCUCCAUGAAAAUAUAUAAAGUUGGAUCCUUUUUUGUUUCUUUUGAUUAUCUCUGUUGCAAGAUUUGUUAUGCUUUUGUGACUUUUGUUAUGAUAGAAAAUGCCAAAAAUGGUUUUAUCAGUUAAUUAUUAAUCAGGUGUUUUUAGAAUCUAGUAGGAUUGAUUACCAUAAGUUUGUUUCUGAAUCUCUACCUUGUUUUCUUCUGCUCGGAUCUUUCUGACAGGAUUUAGAAAAUAAAUAUUGAUGAGCCGUUGCAUUCAGGUGUUCCGAUCAGAUUCAAGUAAUAACCAAUCCUGUCAAAAUCUAUCUGCACAGAGGAGUUUUGGAUUCUUA